UUAGAGACAGGAAACUGUUUGGAGGAGAUAGUUUCCUUCUCGCCUCUUGCCAAACUGUAUGUGAGUGAGACCGGUUGCAAAGCGCGGCACCCUGGAUUGAACCUUCUAGUGAUUAACAAAGUAAAAGCGGACAGGAUCUCUGCAGAACCGACUGAUGACAGUGGCCCACCGGCGGCGGAGUCAACCGUGCAAGGCGACAGCCAGCACGUCGGGAGCGGUCAGGGUGAGGUGUCUUGCUCAGGGACACGUCGACACUAGUACACCUGCUCUACCUCCUGAGGUGAACCUGGAGCUGGCGUGCGGGGGCGGAGCGGCGAGCACCUGUCCAGGUGGGCAGUGAGGGGCUCAUGUCGCGCGGCGGCCGGCAGUACGAGGCCCUGCUGGGCCGCAGCGAGAGAGUCACAUGGCAGAGAGACUGCUACAUGGACCUCCAGUCCAACCCCGGAGGACCUCCCUCCAAGAGCGACAGAGACGCCCACGGAUCCGUCUGGGUCCAUCAGCACCAGCAGCAGCUCCAGCGCUUCACCACCGCCAGCUUCCUGCGGCGGAUGCUGUCCCACCUGCGGGUGCAGGAGCUGCUGAGCGUGGUGGACGAGAUGCGGGUGGAGGACGGCGGAGGGAGGCAGGUGGAGGAGCAGGUCAUGACCCUUCUCUCCCUGCUGGCCAGCAGAGCCCCCCACGGGCCCGACGCCCUUCAAGCCUUUGUGGAGAACUCGGACUCCCACGAGGCGCGGCUCAUCCUGACACAUGACCACAUGGUAAAGGAGCACCAGACGAUGCUGCUCCAGAGGCUCGCUUCUUCCAGGGACCGGAUGUACAACGCUCCCCCCAGCCUGAGCAGCGCCUCCCGGGGCUUGCUGUUGGUGGACGGCCUCUCCAACCUCCAGCAGAAGGAGCACGACCUCAUGCAGGUCAACACCGCGCGGGGCAGCGGGAGGAUCCACCUCCGAUCCCUGGCCCUUGCCAGGCUGAUGGAGCCCCUGACGCGGGUCAGCUCCUCUCCGAGGGUGUCUCUCACCGUGGGCGUGGCCGGCAUCGGCAAGACGGCGUUGGUCCGGCAGUUUGUCACCCAGUGGUGCCUGAGGAAGGUGUGCGGCGACAUCAGCUUCGUCCUGCCCUUGUCCUUCUGGGAGCUGAACUCCCUGGAGAAGGUGUCUGCCGAGAGGCUGGUGAGGCUGGCCUUCCCGCACCUGAGCGACCCCUCCCUCGUCCUGAGCGGAGCCUGUCGGACGCUCUUGAUAUUCGACGGCCUGGACGAGUUCCGCUGCCGGUUGAACUUCUCGGACGCGUCCACGUGCAGCGACCCGAAGAAGGAGGUGAGCGUGGAGGACUUGGUGACCAACAUCAUCCGCGGGAACCUCCUCCCCGACGUGUCAGUGUGGCUGACGUCGCGUUCGGCCCACGCGGCGCUGAUCCCCGUGGGACUGGUGGACCGGCUCACCGAGGUCCCCGGCUUCACCUCGCAGGACGUCCACACGUUCCUCCACCACUAUCUGCCGGAACGGGACACGGCGGGUCAGGUCUGGGCUCACCUGGAGUCCCACAAGUUCCUGAUGGUGAUGUCCUACAUCCCCUGCGUCUGCCAGAUCGUGAUGGAGACCCUGAGGUUCCUCCUGCAGAAGGGGUCGCCGGACGGCCUUCCCAGGACCUGCACGGAGCUCUACGCACACUUCUGUGCCAUGAACGCCGAGGCAGGGGCACCCCGAGGCCGGGAGCCCAUGAGGACGGAGCAGGUCCAGGCCAGCCAGCGGAAGCUCUUGGGACCCCUCGGCCGCCUGGCCUUCUACGGACUCAUCAAACACAAGUACACCUUCGGCGAGCAGGACCUCCGGGCGCACGGGGUGGACCUGCCGUCCGCGCAGGGCAGCCAUGGCGCUGCGCUCCUGGUGCGGGAGGAGUCCGCCAUCUUCGUGGCGUACCGCUUCGCCCACCUGACGGUGCAGGAGUUCCUGGCGGCCACGUUUUACCACGUCUCCUCCAAGCGGGCCAUCUUCGACCUGUUCUCCGAGAGCGCCAUGUCGUGGCCCAAGUUGGGCUUCCAGAACCACUUCAGGAACGCCCUGCAGCGGUCGCAGCAGGACGACGGCGGCCACCUGGACGUGUUGGUGCGGUUCCUCGCGGGCUUGCUGUCUCCCAGCGCCGCCAAGCCCCUGGCGGCGCUGGUGGGGAAGGACGACUGCAGCCAGCAGGUUUGGGCCGGGGGCUUCCUCCAGAGCCUGCUGGGUCCGACGGGGGGCUCGGAAGGGGGUGCAGCUGUCUCCCUGCGGGAGGUCAACCUGGCCUACUGCCUCCAGGAGCUGAAGCACACGGAGCUGCUUUGGAAGGUGGAGGAAGCGCUGAGCAGCGGCAGUCUGGCCGGGACGCUGAGCCGGUCCCACUGCGUCGCGCUGGCCUACCUGCUGCAGGUGUCUCCGGAGUGCCGCCAGGAGACCAACCUGUCAGACUGCCUCAACUACUCCACCGUCAAAUGUCUGCUGCCGCAGCUGCUGUACUGCUCCCACCUGAGGCUGGAGAACAACCACUUCAAGGACAACGUAAUGGAGUUGCUGGGAAGCCUAUUGAGUGCUAAAGACUGCCAGGUCCAGAAGAUCAGUCUUGCGGACAACUCUAUCGGUAACCUGGGAGCGAAAGCUCUGAGCCGAGCCCUCCUCGUCAACCGGACCCUCACCGCACUAGAUCUCCGCAGCAACAACAUCGGAGCCAAAGGCGCCCGUUUUCUGGCUGAAGCGUUGAAGAUGAACCAAGCCCUGGUGUCCAUCAAUUUCCAGAACAACGCGAUCGGGGAGGAGGGGACGCGUGCGCUCGCCGACGUGCUGCUGGUCAACCGCAAACUGGUCUCGCUCAACAUUCAGAACAACGCCAUCGGACCAGGUGGGGCGAGGCGUCUGGCUGAGGCACUGAAGACCAACCAGGCGCUGACGGAGUUGAAUCUCUGCAGUAACCAGCUGGGGGAUGGAGGAGCCACAGCCCUGGCCCAAGCCCUGGUGGAGAACCGCACACUCCUCUCUCUCCACCUGCAGAGUAACUCCAUCAGCGACCGAGGGAUGACAGCCUUGACCAGAUCUCUGAGGACCAACCAGUGCCUGCAGUCGCUAAAUCUGAGGGAGAACUCGGUAGGGGUGGUCGGGGCGAGGAACAUGGCCGCCGCGCUGAGGGAGAACGGAGCUCUACGCAACCUGGAUCUGACUGCUAACCUGCUCCACGAUGAGGGAGUUCAGGCCAUCGCCGGCGCCAUUGGAGUCAACCAAUCACUGACCUCCUUACACCUCCAGUGGAACUUCAUCAAAGUUGGAGCCACCAAGGCCCUGGCCCACGCCCUCACCUCCAACACCGCCCUCAACCUCCUGGACCUCCAGGAGAACUGUAUCGGUGAUGAGGGAAUGGUGUGUCUGGCCAAUGCCCUGAAGAACAACUGCUCUCUGAAGACUCUGUGCCUCCAGGGUGUUUCUGCUGGAAGGUCUGGGGCCAUCGCCAUGGCAACGGCUCUGAUGGUGAACCACAGUCUUCACACGCUUGACUUGCGGGGGAAUUCCAUUGGGAUGGAGGGGGCUAAGGCGCUAGCCAGCGCGUUGAAACACAACCAUAGCCUCAAGUCUCUCAAUCUUCAGGAGAACGGCCUGGGGAUGGACGGAGCCAUAUUCAUCGCCACCGCCCUGAGAGCCAACCACCAACUCACCUACAUCAAUUUGCAGGGAAACGGCAUCGGGGAGUCGGGGGCGAAGGUCAUCUCUGAUACCAUCAGGACCAACUCUCCAGACUGUGUGGUGAUGAUCUGACAGCUGGUAACCGUAGCAACCAGAUCAGCCCCAUCCCAGCAGUUUCGUGUUCCACCACUUGUAUUUACUAAAUGGACAGUUACCGUCCCAGGGUGCCCGGUUGGAAGAGUCAAACUUUUCUGUAAUUGGUCAACAAUAGCAUGUGAAUGACACGCCAGUACCUGGUAUCUUUAAAUAUUUGGUAUCUCUCGAAUACAUGGACUACUAAUGCAUUCCACUCUCAAGCAGGAACUGCCAGGACAAGGAGACGGUAGCAAUCUCCUGGCGUCAGUAUUAUACAAACUGCCCACACAUCGGUGACUAUAUUGUACCCUGUCGAAAUGUCCGUGCCCCAGCCGAUCGACAGGUUAUAUCAACCCGUUAGUAACCACAUGAUAUCAUCUAUUCAUAAUGUACCGAUUAAUUUGUCAUGUGGCUGGAGCUGCACAAUGUAGCGUUACAGACUAGUUAUGACCGUGUCCAUGGUAGCACAAUGUAUGCGGAGAUAGAUUCAUAUGUAUAGAUAUAAUAUUUGUACAUUGUUCUGAUAAUGUAAUAUAUUACCUUGUUUUUUUCCUCUAUACAAUUUAACAAUAAAAUGAGUCAUUGUAGUUGAAUGUCAA